AUGGCAGAAGAUAUUCAAGCACUCGUCGUCGACAACGGAUCUGGUAUGUGUAAGGCAGGUUUUGCUGGUGAUGAUGCACCAAGAUCUGUGUUCCCUUCCAUUGUGGGUAAACCAAAGCAAAAGUCCAUCAUGGUCGGCAUGGGUAACAAGGAUGCCUUUGUCGGUGAUGAAGCUCAAUCCAAGAGAGGUAUUUUGACUUUGAAGUACCCAAUUGAACAUGGUAUUGUUACCAAUUGGGACGACAUGUCAUUGAUCUGGCACCAUACUUUCUACAAUGAAUUGAGAGUCACUCCUGAGGAACACCCAGUCUUGUUGACUGAGGCUCCAUUGAACCCAAAGGAAAACAGAGAGAGAAUGACUAAAAUCAUGUUCGAAACCUUCUCAGUUCCAGCCAUGUAUGUUGCUAUUCAAGCUGUUUUGUCUUUGUAUGCCUCUGGUCGUACCACUGGUAUGGUUAUUGACUCUGGAGAUGGUGUUACUCACACUGUUCCAAUCUAUGAAGGCUACUCCCUUCCUCACGCCAUUUUGAGAAUUAACUUGGCUGGUAGAGACUUGACUGAUUACAUGGUGAGAAUUUUGAGUGAAAGAGGAUAUUCAUUCGUCUCCAGCGCCGAGAGAGAAAUUGUCAGAGAUAUUAAGGAGAAGCUUUGCUAUGUUGCUGGUGAUUUUGAAACCGAGAUGAAUACUUACCAAACUAACCCAGCAAGUAUUGACAAGACUUAUGAACUUCCUGAUGGUAAUGUCAUCACAGUCGGUAAUGAAAGAUUUAGAUGUCCAGAAGUAUUGUUCAAACCAAGCAUGAUUGGUAUGGAACAAGACGGUAUGGCAGAUACUGCCUACAACACUAUUCAAAAGUGUGAUGUUGAUAUUAGAAAGGACUUGUAUAACAACAUUGUCAUGUCAGGAGGUACCACAAUGUUUGAAGGUAUUCCAGAGAGAUUGACAAAGGAAGUAACUGUUUUGGCUCCAGCUUCAAUGAAGAUUAAGGUUGUUGCUCCACCUGAAAGAAAAUAUUCUGUCUGGAUUGGUGGUUCCAUUUUGGCUUCUUUGUCUACCUUCCAACAAAUGUGGAUUAGUAAGGAGGAAUAUGAGGAUAACGGACCUCAAAUUGUUCACAGAAAGUGUUUCUAA